CAUGGAUUUGAAGUGGUGGGCGAGGAGACGAUAUGGGGCACUGGUUCUGCUGCAAUUGCCGGUUCCGGGAGGAGGACAUCGAUGAAGUGGAACACUCCAAAGCUCAGGGCAAUAAGAAUGACGGCAAGCACAAAUCUUCCAGACCUGCUGAUCAACCUGAGCCAGAUAUUUCCCCUCCUACAAUUGACGUCCCAGAAUUGUCAUUUGAGGACCUAAAACAAAAGACUGACAAUUUUGGAUCGAGUUCUCUGAUUGGUGAAGGUUCGUAUGGACGAGUAUAUCAUGCUACUAUGGAUGAUGGCAGGCAAGCGGCUAUUAAGAAAUUUGAUGCAUCUGAAAAUGAGCCUAACGACGAAUUCUUGAAACAGGUCUCACUUGUAUCAAGGCUGAAACAUGACAAUCUUGUUGAGAUGUUGGGUUACUAUGUGGAGGGCAACUAUCGUAUACUGGCAUAUGAAUUUGCAACAAUGGGUUCUCUUCAUGAUGUUCUGCACGGAAGAAAAGGAGUUCAAGGUGCCCAGCCUGGCCCUGUGCUUGACUGGACGCAGAGGGUCAAAAUUGCUAUUGAGGCGGCAAAAGGUAUAGAGUACCUGCAUGAGAAGGUUCAGCCUUCAAUCAUCCAUCGAGACAUCAGAUCAAGCAAUGUUCUUCUGUUUGAGGACUUCAAGGCGAAAAUUGCGGACUUCAACCUCUUAAAUCAAGCUCCAGAUAUGGCAGCACGUCUUCAUUCAACUCGUGUAUUAGGGACAUUUGGAUACCAUGCACCAGAAUAUGCUAUGACUGGCCAGCUGACACAGAAAAGUGAUGUCUACAGCUUUGGCGUGGUUCUUCUUGAACUUCUGACUGGAAGGAAACCUGUGGAUCAUACAAUGCCUCGGGGGCAGCAAAGUUUAGUCACUUGGGCCACUCCAAGAUUGAGUGAAGAUAAGGUCAAACAGUGCAUAGAUCCUAGGUUGAAGGGAGAAUACCCUCCGAAGGGAGUUGCUAAGCUUGCCGCGGUGGCGGCUCUGUGCGUGCAAUACGAGGCAGAGUUCAGGCCCAACAUGAGCAUCGUCGUCAAGGCACUCACUCCUCUGCUAACACAAAGAGCAGCGACGCCAGCAGCCUCAGAGCCCGUGGCCCCGGUGACCGAGGCCUGAGGCGUUAGACCAUGGGAACCUCUCGGCGCGGACUAGCUCGCGAUAGCAUAUCGGGUGUAAUUGGGAGUGGUCUGGAGAUUUAUUUUGCAGGAUUCUCGGUACAUGAGCUCCCUGCCAGUCGGUUGCCACCCUAGGUUUUUUGCUUGCUUGAGGCGCUGUACAUUGGUCUGUUGUAGGUUCAAGGUUGUUUACUCCUUUUUUUUCCGCAAGUGCACACCAGACCAGAGGUGUUGGAAACUUCGACAUCGCAGUGCAACAUGCUCUGAAAACUGUCAUCCAGUCUCGAUGUGAUUCUGUAGAAAUCUUAAAGAAUGGUGUGGUGCUAUUA